AUGUUCGGUCAGCCUCAACACAACACCAUCAUGUACGGUCAACCUCAACACAACACCAUCAUGUACGGUCAACCUCAACACAACACCAUCAUGUACGGUCAACCUCAACACAACACCAUCAUGUACGGUCAACCUCAACACAACACCAUCAUGUACGGUCAACCUCAACACAACACCAUCAUGUACGGUCAACCUCAACACAACACCAUCAUGUACGGUCAACCUCAACACAACACCAUCAUGUACGGUCAACCUCAACACAACACCAUCAUGUACGGUCAACCUCAACACAACACCAUCAUGUACAGUCAACCUCAACACAACACCAUGUACGGUCAACCUCAACACAACACCAUCAUGUACGGUCAACCUCAACACAACACCAUCAUGUACGGUCAACCUCAACACAACACCAGAAGCGAGGGCCGCCCCUGA